AUGAGCAGCGGGGUUCACCGAGCACGUCUGGCAUGUGUCGAAUGCACACGCCGCAAAGUCAAGUGCGACAAGAUCCUUCCAUGUCGUAAUUGCACCAGAAAAGGGUCUCGAUGUACUCGGCCGCGCGAGCGGGACUCUCCGAACCCGAGCAUUUCUCAAUUCGAGGGACGAAGUCAGCGAGAGAUCCCAUCACAGACGAACGUGGAUGCUUCAAGGACCAUUGAAAUACUGCAAAAUAGGGUUGCCCAACUUGAAGCCUCGCUCAGCGAGGCCAGGGACUCACUACUUCGGCCGCGAAUUCCCGCGCUCGAUGCUGACAUACACGAUGCCUCUUUCUCCCCGGCCGAGACAGUAUCUGUCGACCGUCUGACUGCUCCUUCGCAUUACUCGGUGCAUGUUGAAUCAGAAACGGAUCCGAAAGAGGUGGAAGAUGCCGCGACAAUUCUGGAGUUUCUGGCCUGGGGUCGUCGCAAAGAUCCUACUUACCAGGAUGAGAUUGUUAGACGAAACAAUCUAGAUCAUUCUCCGGGGGAUGUACCCGCUGACGAUGAAUGGGACGAUAUGCAAAUGCCAGGACCUCCGGUCGCUGCUCUCUGUCAGGCACUACUUCCCACCAGACAAAAGGUUUACCAACUCGCCAAAUAUCACUGCGAAUGCCUGCUAUGGUACCAUGGAGCAUUUCAUGCAGCUACCUUCCUACAAGAACUGGACGAAUUCUACGAAAAAUCAAACGGGAUGGUAGGAGACCCUGAAGUCAAUUUGCAAUGGAUCUCCUUCUUGUUCGCAGUCCUGACGGGCUCGAUGGCGUGUGCGCCAAGGUCGACUGCCCAGGAAUGGGGUUUCCGUGAGCGAGAACGAGAUACCUUAUCCAAGCGGUGGCUGAAAGCUUCGAUAACAUGUUUAUAUCAAGCUGACUAUAUGGCAAAUCAUUCAAUUUACUCACUCGAAGCCAUCGCCAGUCUUACUAUCUCAGCCCACAUGCUCGGCCAUUCCAACGGCUUCUCCGUGCUACUAGCAUCGGCCGUACGGAUCGCCCAGGGGCUUGGACUGCACCAACUUGGAAGCGACGAUGUUUCACAUCCAAUUGAUUCGGUAAAAAGGGAAAUUGGUCGCCGGAUUUGGUGUCAGCUUUGCCUUCAGGACUGGUUUUCCAUUCCAUUCACCGAAAGCUAUUUGAUCCAUCGAUCAUGUUUCAGCACGGAGAGGCCCCUAAACUGCGAUGAUGAGAUAAAGGACCUUUCAGAAAACCACCCUACAGUGACGAGCCACUCACGACUAAAGUACAAGAUUGCUGCCUUAAUGCCAGACCUCCAAGACGAUAUAACUUCGUGCAAUACUCUAUACACCCGGUACGAAGAGGUCCUCAAAUAUGAUCGUCGUUUACGAAUCCUGGCGACUCAACAUUUACCAUACUACUUACAAAAUGUUCCCCUGGACCCAUCGUGGCCAUGCUACGUGAAAUGGGCGCGGCGAAGCCUAGCCAUCAGCUCUUCACACAAGGUAAUCAUGAUUCAUAGGAAGUUUCUUAGCCUGAGCUUCGUCAAUCCAAUGUUCGAAUUCACUCGGAAAACCUGCGUGGCUGCAUCAAGAACGAUAAUUAAGGAACAAAAGGAAGCUACGCGUAAUGGGGGCCCUAUGAUAUGGAUACAUCAAGCAUUUAGUGUCACGGCAAGCAUCAUCUUGUGUCUAGAUAUGUUCCAUCAGCCUCGCCAAGAUCGUCAAGCCUCCGAGCAUCGGCAGCUUAUUGAAGACGGGAUUGAAAUUCUAUCUCAUUGUGAUACCGAUAUGAUCGCUCGACGAGGUGUAUCGCUUCUUCGGGCAAUGCUCGAAGCUGAACAGAAUCAACAUCGAGAGAGGAGAGUAGUGGGUGAACCACCAGAAUCACCGUUCAUACAAGACAGCACACCCAGAGAAACUGGCUUGGACAUUGCAGCCAUUAUCCAGACUUUUUAUCGACAAAAUCGAGCGCGCAUUGCCGGGCACUGCCGACCAGCCCUUGGUCGGUCAUUUCUUCCAAGAACUACAGGGCAAAGUGGUUGGCCUGGAGUAUCGAAAGAUAUCUCGGGAAUUAUGCCCAGUGUUGAUCUAAUGAUGCCGUUGGGUAUUGACUAUGCGGAUGGGUUGGAUGAUAUUCUGAGCUUGGCAACAAAUUAUCUUAACUAG